AUGAUUCUGGGCACUCUAACCGUCGCGCUAGCGGCGUUCCUGUUCCUGGCCUCUGCCUUGGCAGAUGUAGGACCCUAUUUCGACUCCGAACGGUACGAACAGGGUGGCAUGGGACCAUGGCCUAUUGAGACUUACCGUUCGACUUCCACCGUAGGCGCAGUCGUCAACUUUUUGCAGUAUGGGCCCCAAUGCAAAGAUGACCAGUAUUACUUCAUCUCUCCGCGCGGGUAUAGCGUGCAUAAACCCGGGCCGAUGAUCCUAGACCAGAAGGGUCGCUUGGUCUGGACGAAGCCAUACGGGCACACCUACAAUUUCAAUGUCUACAACUAUAAGGGCCAGGAUUAUUUAACGUUCUGGGUGGGCGACGACAGUAGGGUGGGACACGGCGAGGGCACAUACUACAUGCUAGACUCGUCGUACCAGGAAGCAUUCACCCUCAGUGGUGCGAAAGGACUCGCAGCAGAUCUUCACGAGUUCCACAUAACCCUCGACGAGACCGCAGUUUACACUAUCUAUGACAUCCGCCCGGCAGAUAUCCGGGUCGCUGGCGGUCCUGAGAAUGGCUGGAUAUGGGAUGGCACGUUCCAAGAAGUUAACAUUGAGACGAAAGAACUCCUCUUCGAAUGGCGAGCCUCCGAACACUUCGACAUCGCCGACGUCUAUAGAGGUCCCGAAGGCUCGGGGGACGAUGAGAAACGCCCGUGGGACUACUUUCAUAUCAACAGCAUCGACAAAGACGCAAAAGGCAAUUUUUCUUGCGAGACUAUCUGGACUCUAGGCGGCAAGCGAAGCAAUUUCACCGAUCUUUCAGGCGGCGCAGCUACUAAUUUCACCUGGCAACACCACGCCCGCUUCCGCGACAACGGCACAGCAAUCACCCUCCUUGACAAUUCAUCUCGCGGCAGAGGCGCACCCCAAUACCCAAGUAGAGGGCUCUACCUCGACAUCGACGAAACCAACAUGACCGUUCAAGUCCGCCACGAGUACUGGAAUGCAUCCCCUAUAAAAAGCCAAUCCCAAGGCUCCAUACAAAUCCUCGACAGCGGCAACGUCCUUGUCGGAUACGGCUUCAGCGCCGCAUGGACGGAAUUCAGCAUGGAUGGCGAAGUCCUCUGCCACGCCCACUUCGCACCUGAGCGAGACUUCAGCAGAGGCAAAGUUAUCUCCUAUCGCACUUUCAAACACUCCUGGAUCGGCACGCCUAACACCCUCCCGGACUUUGAGGUAUACGCCUAUCGCGCAGCAGCCAGUUGGAACGGCGCCACCGAAGUCACGCACUGGGUGCUAGAAGGCACCAACGAAAAGAUCUCAGAAACAGCACAGCCCACCUUCCUCUCAGCAGUGCCUAAAGAUGGCUUCGAGACAGUCAUCCCCAUCCCGAACGACGCAAAAUUCAAAUACUUGCGCGUUCGCGCCGUCAAUGCAGAGGGCGAGACUCUUGCCGCUAGCAAGUUAGCAAGAUGGGAUCCUACUUCCAACGAAGCAGUCGUAGUGAGUGGUGAUAGCGACGAAUCCUUCUUUGUGGACAGUGAGACAGUCUAUGCCAUUCUCAUAUUCCUCACGAUUGCGUUGUUUUCCACGGCAGCGAUUGGCGCGUUUUUAUGGUUCGGCGUCAAGAAGGGCUAUCUUGUGUCUUGGGUACGGAGCCAUCGAUGGAAUGAUAAAGAACGCGGGACCUUCCAGCCUUUGAAUCGUUCGGGUGGAAGCGUGAAUCUGAGUGAUGCAGAGGUAGAGGAUAGUGUUGAGUUUUCGGCAUUGUUGGGGGAUCGCGUAUUGGGUUCGGGGCCGGAUGUGGAGAGGGCGGGGAGUAUGGAUGUCGUUAGGAGGUGAUGGGGGUAUC